AGCGCCUUCAGACGCGCGGGAAAACAAACGGACGCUCCUCAGACUAAAACAGGACUUAAAAACGACGGAAUUUUGCUUAAAAUCAGCGAGCUGACAAACACAGAAGCGAAGAUGUUUGCUUGGGCUAUUAUCGUCAUCUUUAUUGCACACUUUAAUGUGGUGUCCUCCAGCUGCCCGGCGGUGUGCUCCUGUGCUCCGGAUGCCCCCCAGUGUCCUCCAGGAGUGGGUCUGCAGCGGGACGCCUGCGGCUGUUGUCUGGUGUGUGCCAGACAGCUGAACGAGGACUGCAGCCGCUCAGAGCCCUGCGACCACAGCAAGGGCCUGGAGUGUAACUAUGGGGCCAGCCACGGGGCCGCCAGGGGUAUCUGCAGAGCUAAAUCAGAGGGCCGGCCGUGCGAGUACAGCAGCCGGAUCUACCAGAACGGGGAGAGUUUCCAGCCUAACUGUAAGCACCAGUGUACCUGUAUGGACGGGGCGGUGGGCUGUGUGCCGCUGUGCCCGCAGGAGCUCUCGCUGCCCGCGCUGGGCUGUGCCAACCCCAGGCUGGUCAAAGUGCCUGGCCGCUGCUGCGAGGAGUGGGUCUGCGAUGAUGAAGAGCAGGGCGGGAAACUCAGCGAAUCGGCCAAUAAGAUGCCUGGAAAUAAAGAAGUGGGCGGAGACUCUGAGAGGGAACUGACCAAUAAAAACGAGCUCAUCUCUGUCAUCAUGAACACCGAGCUCAAAUCGUUACCUGCUUUCCGAUUGCGUCAGGUGGAGAAGUGCAUCGUGCAGACCACCGGCUGGUCCCAGUGCUCUCAGAGCUGCGGUACUGGAAUCUCCACCCGAAUCACCAAUAAUAACGCUGAAUGCAAACUGAUGAAGGAGAGCCGCAUCUGUGAGGUCCGGCCCUGCAGCCAGUCUCCACACACCAGCCUGAAGAAAGGAAAGAAAUGCAACCGCACCAAGAAGUCUGUGACGCCGGUGAAGUUCUCUUACACCGGCUGCUUCAGCUUGAAGAAGUACCGUCCUCGGUUCUGCGGCUCCUGCGUUGACGGACGCUGCUGCAGCCCCCAGAACACCAAAACCAUCCGGGUCAAGUUCCGCUGCCUAGACGGAGAGACCUUCAACAAGAACGUGAUGAUGAUCGAGUCCUGCAAGUGCACAAAGCACUGCCCGCACGCCAGCGAGGCCGGAUUCCCCUUCUACAGACUCUACAAUGACAUCCACAAGUUCACAGACUGAGGAGACACUGACUGAAAUGCUUCUCUUACAGUCUCUGAUAUCCAGAACAUCUGUAAUCAAGAAGCAUUUGAUAGACCAGUAUGAAAUAUUGUGCUGUUUUCAGAAAUAUUGAGUCUAAAUAAGGUGAGUUUUUACAGAAAACAAGCUAAAUCAUCUCACUUCACACUUUAAACGAGAUUAUUGAGCUUGUUUUAAUGGAAAACUUGCUUAAUAUCUGAAAACAUUUCAUAUUUUGAGUCUUAAUUUUCAGAUAUUUGGACUGGAGACUAAGGCCGUGUCCACAUGUACAUGAGUAUUUUAUAUAGUUUUAAACAAAUCUCCGUCCACAUGAAUACACACAUUGUGCAUGUGUG